UCUAUCACAUCAGCUCCGUGUUUCUUUUGUUUUCUAUGAAUCUGAGAAGAAACUGACGAUGGAGUUGAAGAGUUAGUAGAUGAAGCUGGUUGAUUAGAAUGGCUGGUUAAGAUGUUCUCAGAAUACAGGAUUCAUCCAGCUCUGCUUCACCUGCUUUACUGUCUGCUGUGCUCAGCUGGAGAAGAGGUUGUCAGACUUCAGGAGCUGGAGGGAAACACUGUGACCAUCCAUACUGGAUUAACUGAAGCUCAGAGUGAUGCUCACAUACUGUGGUUUUAUGGACCUGAGAACGCAGAUAUAAAGAUAGUGAACAGUCUGGUGUUUAAAGGGGAGACUAAUACAGACUAUCCCAGUGAGAGAUUCAGAGACAGACUGCAGCUGAACAGAACCAGUGGAUCUUUAACCAUCAGGAACAUCAGCAGAGAAGAUUCUGGACUUUAUAAACUACACAUCAUUACUGGAAGUAUCUCAGGCUGGAGUUUCAGUAUUGAUGUCUAUGCUCCAGUAUCAAAGCCAGUCAUAAGAAAUCAGACAGAAAAGCGCUCAGUGAGUCUCAGAGAGUCGUGUUCUCCUCUGUGCUCUGUGGAGAACGGGAAGGAUGUGAGUUUGUCCUGGUAUGAAGAGAAAGAGAGAAUCUCCAGCAUCAGCAGCUCAGAUUCCAGUGAACGUCUUUAUCUUCCUCUGAAUAAAACCAACCCAGACUGUUCUACUUACACCUGUGUAGCUGCUAAUCCAGUUAGUAAUCAGACAACCCAGCUCAACAUUACAGAACUCUGCAUUAAAUCAGGUAGGUGA